AUGGUUGAGAGGUUCAACCGUACGAUACUGCAGCACAUUAGCCUAUUCGUGGCCGAGAACCAGAAGAACUGGGACGAUCUCAUUCCUCUCUUCCUGUUGUCCUACCGGACAGCACCCCACGAAGCCACCCGGGAAACGCCGGCAAUGAUGCUUACUGGCCGCGAAUUGCGUCUUCCAAGCGACUUAGCCCUUGCGUCGACUCCAGAUACUGAGCAUACCGCAACCAGCCCCUCGGCCUACCUUCAUACACUGCGCUCACGACUGGAGAUUGUGCACAGGUUUGCCAGGCACCACAUGCAACAAGCCUUCACCCGUAUGAAGACACACUAUGACUUGAAAGCGUCUGGCGGUGGAUUCUCGGAAGGGCAGUCCGUUUGGUUAUAUAACCCUACACGGAAACGUGGGCUCUCGCCGAAAUUGCAGCGUCCCUGGCACGGACCCUACGUUAUAAUGAAGCGGCUCAACGACGUGGUGUACCGCAUCAAGCUGCCGGGACGAUCCAGACCUCUAGUUGUCCACGCAGACCGUUUGGCACCAUACCGAGGAGCUUCCGCCGCGCCAGCUGUGCGCGACGCGGGAUGCCACCGUCAACCGCAACCGGGGGAGGAGGGGGAAUAG